CACGUUGCAAUACAGCCUUCACUUUGCUGAUAAUCACAACAUUGACCUACAUUACAUUACAGCGCAUCUCUCACAUUGCUUGUAAAAGCUGCCCGUACCUGUACAUUUUACAGUGCUUUAAAAGAUGCAGGUUUAAAAGAUGAUAUCUUGUGAAUCACUGUUAUUUACGAAAGAUUUUCAUUUCAAAACCGUUUUUGUACUGUACGCUUAGUACGUAACCGACCGCGACAAUGUUUUUGGCGCUGAUUGGAACGUUAAGCAGCGGUGCGCUGCUGUACGGCCUGUACUACAUCGCGGCGUGGUACCUGCGCGAAUGGCGUUACCGCUGGCCGCCGGGUCCGCGUUGUCUGCCGCUGAUCGGGUCGCCGCAGUCGCAGUCCGAUCUCAAAUCCUUCCAGCGCACCAACUACAACAACGCCAAGAAGUACGGGAGUGUCGUGCGCACCAUGCUCGGUCCCCACGCCGUCGUCCAGCUCAACGAUCCCAAGAUUAUCAAGGAGGCCUUCUCCCGGGACGUCUUUGUGCCGCGUCCUACCAUCUGGUACUUUGACGAACGGGCCCGCAUGAACGAUGGUGCAACCGGUAUCGUCUUCAGCCACGGUCAAACGUGGAAAGAUCACCGGCGUUUCAUCCUGCACACGCUGCGUGAUUUCGGCGUGGGUAAAUUCAAGAUGGAGGAGAAGAUCGUCGAAGAGGCGGCGACGCUGAUCAAACUGCUGGAAGCGGCCAACGGCCAGCCAAUCGACACGCGCGCACCUAUAAGCAGCACCGUCGCCAACGUCAUCGGCAGCGUGCUGAUGAGCAAGCGCUACGAACCCGACGACCCGGAUUUCUUGAACAUCAUACGCUGGACGCGGGAGAGCACCCAGUUCACGCCGAAGAAGAUCGCCCUGGCGUCCUUUCCGUUCCUGCGUUAUGUCCCACCCUUCCUCACCACCUACAGCGAACUGCUGGGGAAUUUGCUGGGAUUCAAGAAAUUCUUCUGGCAGCACUGUAAAGAGCAUUUGGACAACUGGCAACCGGAACGGAACGCCGAUUUCAUCGACACGUACAUUGCCGCUAUCAAAAAACAUGAACCGGCAACGUUUAACCUGAAUGAGUUGCUGCUGACGCUGGAUGAUAUGUUCGAAGCCGGAUUCGAGACCACUACGACAACGUUGCGAUGGGCGUUAUUGCUAAUGGCCACCCAUCCUGAUAGUCAAGCCAAGGUGCACGCCGAACUGGACAAGAAUAUUCCGUUUGAUUCUUUUGCCAAACUGUCGGAUAAGGAGCAGUUGCCGUAUACGGAAGCGACGAUCACGGAAGUGCACCGCUUCGCCAGCGUCGUCCCGGUGGGCGUCGGGCAUUUGGCGGAAGAGGACGCCACCAUUCAGGGAUACGACAUCCCUAAAGGUACCUGGCUGCAGGCCAACAUCUACUUCGUCCACCACAACACCGACUGGUGGGAUCAACCCGAACAGUUCAAUCCCGACCGCUUCCUGACCAAGGACAACCAAGUGCAGGCUUCGGACAACGUCAUGCCUUUCGGUCUCGGGAAGCGGCGUUGUCUUGGCGAAGCGUUGGCGCGCGCCGAACUCUUCAUCAUCUUCACCGCCGUCAUGCAGCGCUUCACCGUCCGCCUGCCGGACGGCGGUCAGACGGCCGACUUGUCGCCUACCGUCGGGGUUAUCGCUGACACGCAGCCUCACCAACUGUGCUUCGUUCCACGCAAUGUUUAACGCCCAUUCGGCUUCGACUGCGCUGACCGGGUUUAACCGUUGCUGCUGUGUUGCAGUCCGUCUGACCAGUAUUUGAAUGUGCUUGCGUUUGAUGUUUUAAAACCCGUUACACUGGUAAAAAAGAAAGCUCUGUAUCCAUGCACCCGCCAAAACAAAUUACAUGUCUUAU